CGGAUGGGAUUCGACUCUCAGUUGUUUUGCUUAUUGAAUUGUUAUUGAAUUGGCUUUUGUUUUAAAAGUAACGUCCAGGAAGUGGUUUCUACCGAUUAGGACUGGUUUCAUUUCUGAACUCCUGUGAACCCCGAAUUUUUGUAAGGGGAUGUCAGAUAAUGGAGAACUGCAGCCAGAAGUAUUGGCUGUAUCAGAAGAGCACGCUAUUGUAUUUGAAAAUUUUUCAUUGGAGGAAACAGCAUCUUCAAUAGACCUUGAAGUUCAGAAUGAGACCUGGCAGUUAAAUAGCUUAGAUUCAUCAGUUUCAAACUCAAGUGAUAGUGAAGAAAAACUUUCUAUCUCAAAUUCUAAACAAUCGUCAUUACCCCCUACAACAUGCAAGCAAAUUGAACAUGGCAUCAUACUUAAGCAGCUUGUAUUGAAAGGAAUUUCAUCACAGCUAAUGACGGCUCAGGCCAAAUUAAAAUCCAAAGAAGCAACAUGUCUAACAGUAUCAACCUGGAUUGGUAUCGGCACAAGAAAUGGCCUAGUGCUAGUGUUUGAUGUUACACAGAAUUUAAAAUGGUUUUUAGACACAUUAGAUGUACUUGGAACCAAGUACUCAAGUGAGUCUCCAGAUGGAUGGGGUAAUGCCAUUUCAGCAAUGGCCUUCAACUCAGAACACAGCAGGUUGUUGGUUGGAAAUGCUUGUGGUCAUAUUUUAGAGUAUGACAUGAAAGAUGGGAAGCUAGUCAGAACUUUAAAUGAUGUUCACCCACCUGAAGCAGCUAUUCUUCACUUACAGUUUACAGAUUUGCCAACUCUUGCUCUCCUGUGUGACAGCGGAGGAAAUGUUUUUGAGCUCGGUUUUAAGAGAACAUUAGGAGUCAGGGGCGUUGAUACUCGAUGCCUCUUUUCGGGAAGUCGAGGCGAGGUAUGCGCUAUAGAGCCAUUAAGAAGUGUCGGUCAGGAUUUGGGCGCCGUUUUUGAUUUUCUUCCCAAAUGGGAAUCGGUAGUUGUUGUUGCAAUGGCCACACUUUCUAAAAUUUUAAUUGUGCAAAUCCGGCCUAGUACGAAAGUUAUCUACAGCCAACUGUUAGGCGGUGAUGGGCUAAGCCCUCCUUGUCUUGGAUGGCAUUUUGUGGCUGUCCAUAGCCAGCAAAGAGGAAGGAGUAUUGAACCCGUUUUGGCUUAUGCUCGGCAUUCUGAGCUUCAUUUUGUCCAAUUAAGCAUCGAUGAAGAACGUAAUCGUGUCCGCUACCAUCCGCUUCUUCGUUUCCAACUUGAUUUUAAUCUUCGAGGGUUACAGUGGCUGGAUCCUCGUAUGCUUGCUUUAUUAGAUUCGGAGCAGCAGGUACAUGUUGUGGACAUAAAAACACAAGAAUCCAUCGAUGUCGUCGACGUAUCUGGUGUUAACUUAGUCAAAUCAACUCCAUUCUUUCGGGGCCUAGCUACUGGUGGCAAUGUUAGCGAAGCUCUGGCGCUCGUGGGAACAGAUGCAUGUUAUAAUUCAAUGGCUAGUUGCGCUGGGCAGUUACUAUUGCUGUGCUCAACCAGCUUGCGUUCUAUUGGCCUAAGGCAUUGGGAUGAAAGACUGGAUCUACUUCUUUCACAGUCACAACCGGAAGAGGCCAUUCAUUUAGGUUUACGUAUGUUGAACGGCAAAGCCAAAGCUAUGCACGGAUUGAAGGGUACGCCGAACCAGCGCAAGAGGCAAUUGAAAGAUAAAGAGGUUGAUAUCCUCAAUGACUACGUCGAACGGGUUUUAGUUCCACUUGUAAUGCAAGAACCUACAAUGGUUACCAGUGGUCGAAACCUAAAGUCCGUCAUUGAAUUAUGCAUCGAUGUUUGCAUUAAACUGCAACAAGAGGCUUUGCUGUUUGACCAAAUUUAUCCAAGAAUUGCAAAUUCUGAAGCAGCCCGUGAAAACUUUCUGCAGCUGCUAGAGCCCCAUUUUCUCAACGACCGUUUACCAUCUGUUCCUCCUUCUAUUAUGCAGCAAUUUGUGGCUCAUUAUGAAGAUAAUGGCUGGCUUGACACUCUAGAGAGUUGCAUCAUACACGUUGAUGUUUCCUGCCUGGAUCUUCAUCAAAUAUUGACACUGUCACACAACCAGGGGCUAUUUCUUGCCUAUCUUUAUGUGCACACAAGGGCACUUAAUGACUACGUUAGUCCCCUAGAAGAUCUAUUGAAACAAUUGCAAGGAGCUGUAAAACUAGGUCCACCUUAUUCUGAACAAGAUCUCAAGUUGGGCCACGUGAUACUGGUUUACAUUUCGUGUUGCUUAGCCGGUCGAACUUAUCCUGUGGGAGAAAUCGAUCAGGAAUCUCGUGUUAAGGUUAAACACCAGGUCUUGACUAGUCUAACAUGUCUACACAGCAAACGAGCUUCUGAUGAUGAGCCUCCAUAUCCUUACUUGCGCGCCUUACUGGAGUUCAAUACACAAGAACUACUCAAUGCUCUUUCGCUAGCAUUUGAAGAGUCAGAAUUUGUGGGUGAGAUGGGAGCAAGACGACAGCAACGAGUCAUUGACAUCCUGGUCGAAAUCAUGAUUAAUUCCUCUCAGUUUUCGCCAGACCAGAUUUGCUCUUUAUUCACAUUUAUAGCCCGUCAAAUAAGUCGGUCUCCUCGACCUGAUUCUAUUUAUUUAGAUCCGAAUCUUUUUCAGCAACUUGUAGAUUUGGUAUGUUCGCUGUCCUCGAAAGAGACUCAUCAAGUACAGAGCAGAUUUGAAGAGAGGCAACAAGCUCUGCUUCAAUUACUUCAAAUUAAAGGCCAGCCAUCUUUGGGCACAGAAGAUGAAGAGCAGCUACUUAAACAAGCUGAGUCCGCCAAAUUCUAUCGCGUUUGUGAGCACAUCUACGAGCAGCGUCAAGAUUGGGAAAAGGUUUUCGAGUGCUAUAUUAACGACACCUCUCGCCAUGGGGACAUUCUGUACUUUCUGCGUAACGUUUUCUCUGAAUCUUCUGUCGUUUCUGAUGUCUGCAAAAUUGAGCAAGCCGUUCUGAAACAUAUCCAACUACUAGUCAAAUUAAAUGCAACUUCGUUAGCAGUCUUCUUGGCUGUUAACAAGCCCACAUUAAUUGACGUGGCGGUUACUGCUCUAAUACCUUUUCCUCGAGAGAGAUAUCGUUUUCUUGAAGCUAUCUUAGAUUUGGCGACUCAAGAUGAUGUGGCAACUAGUACGGCUGUUCUCAUAGAUGAUGAUGAUUAUUGUAUAGAACAAUACGCUGAACUCAUGGCUGAACUUGAGCCCCAGCGCCUUGCUAGCUACGUCCAACUAGUCGAUGUCAUAUAUUUAUCACGUUUAUUGGAUAUUUGCCGCAAAUUUUCCAAUCUCGAAGCUGAGGCGGCAGUAUUAGAGCGUCAAGGCGAAAUUACCGCCGCCUACGAUUUGUUGUUGGGUCGACUGCAAGGCUGCAUCCAACAGCUGUUUGUUAAACCAGAAAGUUGGCAGGACUUUGAAACUGCCUCUCAAUCGAUAAUUGAUUUCUGCCAGCGACAGGCAAGCUCUUUAACAGAGCAAGAACGCGAAAAAAUUUGGCUGACACUCCUGGAUGAAUUGCUUCUUCCUCAACGAAGUUUGAAAGAAAAUCCAGAUGCUUCUUCUACUAUCAUCUCAGGUCUAAGGGAAGUUACCCAAAAAGUUGUGACAAGCAUCCAAGGUCAAAUAAGCUUAAGUAAAGUGUUACCUCGUCUGAUCGAGGAUCCCGAAACCACUGGUGGUACGCUAGGCGAUCUUCGGCAACUUAUCAUGGGCCUUUUGGAUAACUACACAUACGAAACUACGCUUUUACGGAUUAGCACUCGCCUUCUUCAAGGUGAUGUUCAUAGUUUACUAUCUCAGCGCUACCGCCAGUCACGGAAAGGUGUUGUGCUGCGUGCUUCUCGCUGCGGCAGCUGCAAUCGUCCAUUGCAGAACGGCCGAAAUUCAUCAAUUACUGCAUUCCAAUGUCGUCAUGCUUUCCAUAGCGGCUGCUUACUAGAAGAAAUUAAAGAUUGUAUCGUUUGCCAGCCGAUACCAACCAGUGCACCUCCAGAAGAUUUCACUGCCCUAAAUCCAGAACAGUUGCCAGUGUUGCAGUUGACGUCCAUUCAGCUUGAUUCAGUAGCUAAGGCUAGAAAAGGAUUAUCCUCCGCAUACCCAUUGACAAAUCUUUUCGAGUGAUACCCAAAUAUUUAUCUAGUAUGAAAGUUUUCUGAUAAAAUGAUUCGAAUUUUUUACCCAUUAUUGCUAAAUACGACCUGAUCGCAUGUGCUA